AGUAUGAGCACUGUGAGGAGCUGCAACUUUCCUGACCUUCAGCUACUUCUCUAGCCCAGUGCUCUCCAUCUGACCUCUUCAUGCUGGACUACAUGGUUUCAGGAGGACCACACAUCCAGGAUUUAUCCCACAUUUGAGGAGUCUUGAGUCGGUGGAGGGGAAAAUGCCCGUUCCGAGUUCUCUGCCGUUCACCGUUCCAUCGAGUAGGAAGUCCGUGAGCGCGACCUCAUUCAGACUCACCGAGAAAUUCAUCCUACUGUUGAUCUUCAGCGCCUUCAUCACCUUCUGCUUCGGAGCGAUCUUCUUCCUCCCGGACUCCUCCAAGCUCCUGAGCGGGGUCCUGUUCCGCUCCGCGCCGGCGCCCGAGCCCGACAGUCGGACAGGCACCGACGCCGAGGAGGAUGUUAAGAUUCUGGCCAAGAUCCGUCGGGACCACGAACAGGCUCUGCUCGAAGCCAAGGACAGGCUGCAGAAACGGCCUGAGGACAUCAAGCAGGACAUCAUGAGCGAGAAGGAUCAAGUUCUCAGGGAUGGACCGGGCAGGAAAGCCUCUAGUGAUCAAGGACUGCCCGACAUCCAGUACCUACGACCGCCCGGAGCGACCGGUCGUGAGCCCGCCGACCCCGACGCUCUGGAGAAACGGGCGAAGAUUAAAGAGAUGAUGCAGUUCUCCUGGGAUAAUUACAAGCGUUACGCCUGGGGAGCUAACGAGCUGCGUCCCGUCUCCAAACAGGGUCAUUCCAGUAAUCUGUUCGGCAGUCUGAAGGGAGCCACCAUCGUGGACGCUCUGGACACGCUCUACAUGAUGGAGAUGUACGAGGAGUUUGAAGCUGCUGCUGAGUGGGUGGAGAAGAACCUGGAUUUUAACAUGAACGCUGAAAUCUCCGUGUUUGAAGUGAACAUCCGCUUCGUCGGUGGACUGCUCUCCGCCUACUAUCUCUCAGGAAAAGAGGUGUUCCGGAGAAAAGCCAUCGAGCUGGGAGAGAAGUUACUUCCUGCCUUCAAGACACCUACCGGCAUCCCCUGGGCUCUUCUCAACCUGAAGAGUGGGGUUGGCAGGAACUGGCCCUGGGCAUCAGGGGGGAGCAGUAUUUUAGCUGAGUACGGCACCCUGCAUCUGGAGUUCGUCCACCUGAGUAAACUGUCUGGAAAAGCCGUGUUUGCUGAGAAGGUGAUGAACAUCAGGAAGGUUCUGAAUCGCCUGGAUAAACCACAGGGACUUUACCCCAACUACCUGAACCCCAACAGUGGACAGUGGGGACAGCAUCACGUGUCGGUAGGUGGAUUGGGUGACAGUUUCUAUGAGUACCUGUUGAAAGCCUGGAUCAUGUCUGAUAAGAGUGACGACGAGGCCAGGAAGCUUUACUACGACGCUCUGAAGGCCAUCGAGGCGGGUCUGAUCCGGCGGUCGGGCGGCGGUCUGACCUACAUCGCCGAGUGGAAAGGAGGUCUCCUGGAGCACAAGAUGGGUCACCUGACCUGCUUCGCCGGAGGCAUGAUCGCUCUCGGGGCGGACGGGGCUCCGGGGGACCAGACGGGGCAUCAGAUGGAGCUGGCAGCCGAGAUCGCCCGGACCUGCCACGAGUCCUACGCCCGCACCAAUCUGAAGCUGGGCCCCGAGGCCUUCAGGUUUGACGGUGGUGUGGAAGCCAUUGCCACGAGGCAGAACGAGAAAUACUUCAUUCUGAGGCCGGAGGUGAUCGAGACCUACAUGUACAUGUGGAGGUUCACUCACGAUCCCAAAUACAGACAGUGGGGCUGGGAGGCUGUACAGGCUCUGGAGCAGCACUGUAGGGUUGAUGGAGGUUACAGUGGGGUGAGGGACGUUUACAGCAACUCGCCCAACCACGACGACGUCCAGCAGAGCUUCUACCUGGCUGAGACGCUCAAGUACCUGUACCUACUGUUCUCCGACGACAGCCACCUUCCGUUCGAGCACUGGGUGUUUAACACCGAGGCUCACCCACUUCCCGUCAUAAAGAGAGAGAGCUCGGACCGAGACCAGCUGUAACAGCGCUGAUCUUACCCGCCGUAACCUGCAGGGACCCUCCACCAGCAGGGGGAGCUCCGGAUUUCCACUCAUCACCCCCCAUGCACCUUGCUGGCUGUAAUUUUCUUCAAUCCUGCAGGUCUCAGUCGGCUGGUCCACGGACUGGGCUUCUUCUUCCUCAUCGUCUACAGACAAUAGCAGUGUGCAUGCUGCCCCCUCCCGAACUUCUGAUCCCGGGAUUCGGCCCUCGUUCCGAGCCGCCGAGGGUCUGAACGAGCUUCUCUCCUCCGUGAGGAGAUCGGGACCAUUUCUGCCGUCUGUCUCGUCCACUCACUUUAGAGACACAAAAGCCAUAAUGCCGUCCACCGCUGAAGGGUUCGUUCAUCAGUUAAACAGCAUAACGUUUCAUUUACAUGCUGAAUUAUUCUGAUCAUUUAUAGCACAUGAUUUAUAAAUCAUGCGUGGUUUGGUUUUUCGUUUACAUGCUGCGUUCAAUACGACUGGGAAUUCGGGAUACCUGUUCCUGUAAAACAGACUAACAAACAAAAACAGAUCACAGUAAACUAUUCAUUUAAAUUAUUAGUAAAAUAAAUGUAGAAUAAUAAUCCUGUCCGCACGUCCACAAAUACUGAUCAUGUAUAAACCACUUACUUGUGUUUAUUUUUUAAUUGGUACAUUUAUGUCAUAUUAUGUAGUUUUCCUCCCGAUCUUUACCUGCACCGGGCAGGUUCAUACAGAGAUCCGUAUCGCGUACAGAGAGUCACACACCCAUCUCCAUUAUCCCCCAUCUCGGUGCAGCGCCAUCCAUCAGCCAGCAGAGGGCGUAAUUACAGCAGUUACAGACGUGUCUCAUCAAAUAUACAGUAGUUAUAAGCCAGUUGGUGUUUCAGCAGAAUCCGUCACAAACAUGAACAUGAAACGCUUUAAUCUAAAGAGACAAUAAAAAAAGGAAAGAUUAAGGGCCGGGAUUAAGGGCCCGGCGGUGGCAAAAUUGUACAAAGCCACAAGUGGGACUUUAUGAAUAUUAAUUCUUGGGUUAUACUCCGGGGUGCCACUGUCGUAACCUGAAAUAAAUCGAGAAUAAAUACUACAGGGUCUCGAGUGGCGCACAAGUAAAUCAUGCCAGUUCUAUUAUUGAAUGGGCAUCUGCAUACAGACAUGCCCGGCAAUGCAUUGGCCCCCUGCCCGGGGUGUGUUACUGCCCAGUGCCCAGUGAUUCAAAGGAAGCCAGACCCACCAUCACCCUGACCAAGAUAAAGCGGUGCUAAAACAUGAAGCACCUGAAUUUAGUCGAUGCUUUUAUCCAAAGCGACAGAACGUUUGUGCAAUUGAAGGUUAAGGGCCUUGCUCAGGGGCCCAACAGUGGCUUGAACCGGCAACCUUCUAAUUACUUGUCUAGUACCUUAGUCGCUGUUCUACCCGUCACAUGACACGAACUGUUUUAAAUAAACAGAAUAACCAAUCAUUCUAGGUUCAAGGAGACUUUAAAACAUAUUGUACACAAAUAGACACUAAAUUCUGCAAAAAUAUUAUAUUAUUUCUGCUGCUACACAAGUUGCUGAGUUUUAAUUUCUAUUUUUAAACUGUUAUUACAAACUUAAAGCUCUUUUGAACUAGGAUUUAUCUUAUACGGACGUCAGAAACAUCCCAGUUCCCAGCUGGUCUUGAACGCAGCAUGACAGAUAGAAGGUAGUGAUGUGGAGAAAACUAGUGCCUUUUUUAGCUCGACGAGCAGCGAUCCUGAUCCAGCGAUCAUGCGCUCGUUUAGUUUUACGUCUCGCGUGAGUCCUGCCGAGGACCCACGGCUCUUCGAACGGACGUGGGAAUGAAAACGUGUACGCUGGUGCUUCCGUUCCUCUCCCCGCUCGGCUCCGUGUGUUCCAGUUCCCCGGUCCUGGUGUACGCUUGAUUCAUGUUUACUCGGUCGAUGGGGCAGUCAUGCUGCUUUAUAAAUUAGGAUGAACUAGUUAAUUUAUUACCUGUAACGAGACUGUUUUAGUUGUUUUCGGUGUCUCUGGCACACACGCAGAUGAAGGAAACUCGCAACGAAAUAAUCAGCGAAUAAGAGAGUCGGGACGCGGCGUCGAUCCGAUCGGCUGAAUCUUUAAGCCUGAAUGUACCGCCGAAUGUGAAGCGAGCGUGAUUUUAUCUCGUGUGUUUUUAUGUUUGCUUUUUUAAUGAUUCUUUUCUCUUAAAAGCACAAAAUUAAGGGGUGACGUGCUGGGUCCAGCUCUGGAGAAAAGGAUGCGAGUGAAGCCGAGUGAUACGAGGACUCGCCUACACACAUCACACACCUACACACACAUAUAGCGUAUCAUACACACCUACCAACCACUUUAUUAGGUACACCUAACGUGUACAAACAUUCAUUGACCAUUUUAUGAGCUACACCGCUAUAUAAAUGCUUUUUUUGUUAUUCAGCACACUUAAUCACCCCCCCAUCCAGCUAGUCCGGUGGUAUCUGGUGCAAUUUCGCCUUUGGACUUGAACACUGGGGUUCAAACGUCCAGCAACACCCCCAUCCAACCCUAAAACGUGACCCCUGUAGAACCCCACUCAUCAGAUAUGGUUUGGGAGGUGAACCAUUAUCAGGACUGCAGAGACAGUACUGGUAUCAGUGGUUGUAUCAGUGGUGCAGCAGCAGAUCGUUUGUUUAUGCUGUUUAUCUGCUUGACAGUAGGUGCAGUGUUGUUGGGUUUGAAUGUUUUAUCUUUUCUUCUCCGAGUUAAGUUCUGGUUAUUCUGGUGGAAAAAUAACUCUUUAGUUUAGUUAACCAAAAAACUCUCUUUUGGCUUUGUUUUUAUUCCAUCAUGUCUGACGGAUCCUAACGUAAGCUAUCGAGUGGGAUUUGUUCAUUUGUCAUUUUUUACAUCACUGUAUUGGAAAGGGGGUAUUUGGGCAUAUCUUAAUAUCGGGGGGGGGGGGGGGGGUACUUGAACCAGAAAAAAAUAAAAAAAAAACUUGGUGGUGGUGGGGCUUGAACCAGCAACCUUCUGAUUAUCUGACUUCUGACUAUCCCAGUACCACUGACCUACAGACAUGAUUGGGGGGUGGCCGAGGUCCCUGGAUGGAUUGGCGUCCUGUCCAGGAUGUGUUACUACACUGCACCCAAUCGUAAAUCAGAAUGUUAACAUUCACUCGUCCAUUUAACACCGCUUUAUCCUGGUCAGGGUCGCGGUGGGUGUGAUUCACAGGGCAACAGGCAAAACAUCCCAGACACCCAUGGACAGGUCGCCAGUCCUUCAAAGGGCAAACACACAUACACACACAUAGGGUAACUUUACUGUCUCCAGUUGGCCUGACUGUAUGUUUUUGGACUGUGGGAGGAAACCGGAGCGCCCGGAGGAAACCCACACCGACACUGGUCCAGAAAUGUUUGCUCGAUUUCAGAUUAGCACUUGAACACCGUCGUCGUUUCCCUCCAGAGAUGCCCGGUGCACGUAAACACCCUUCACCGAACACUGUGACGCGUUUCUUGUUUUACUCACGCUGUUUUAUUUUGCUGAUUCAGAUUUAAUUACUAUUCCAUGUUCAGUUUACUCUGCGUUUUUCAUUAUCCUGGUAGCUGGUGUAGAAGUGUGAGCGCUGGUUCCGCACGUGUCCUUCGGUAAGCGGAUCCGUUGAUCUCGUGUCGACUAUCAUGCGUCGCCUUUUUAAAUUUAGUGAUUUUGUUAAAUUGUGUUGAUUGUUUUUUGUGUCUUAGCCUGAGCAAUGUAACUGUACAAAAUCGCUGACGAUCCUUCCAUUGCACAGGUUUUGUUAAUAUGAAGUUGAUUUGUGAGUGAAUCGUUUGAUUCGUUUGUGUUUUUACAUGUUCACAUGAUGAUAAUGUACAUAAUCCAUUCCGGCGAACUGCGGCUAAGCAUUUCUAUUAAAAUCUAACUGAUAAUCUUGUGGUAAUAAAUUAUAUUAAUGAGCAGCAGAAAUCUUUUUGAUAAACUAUAUUUGUUACAAUUCUAUUGUGAAUAAAAGAAUCGUUUAUUAUAAAA